UUGUAAUAUGUUUAAGAAAUUUCGUGCACGUUUUGUCUUAAAACCAUACAGUUAAAAGUUUUGAAGUAUUAAAGGACAUUACUAGAGAUAUUCCCUAUGUUCUUUUGCUAAAAGUUGUAAGUUUGUGAAAGAUAUUAGUUUCGACCACAGAUCACAGAAACAAUGUUUCGACCAGCAUCGGAAUUCGUCAACUUUACUAAACACUGAUAAUACAAUUAUUUCUUAUGUGGAUUGCGAAAAAGUGUUACAGCUCGACAUGAAGGAAGAGAAAAGCGAGUUGAAGGAUAUUUCAGACAGUCAGAAAAUGUGUCGAUUUUGUACACACCCAGUGAAAUGUGAAUCUAAAUGCAUGUACGAAGAGGAACUGGAAGCUAUUCAGAAAUUGACUCCUGAAGAUAUAAUCAGCAUCAAAGAUACUGUUGUAUGUAAGGAAUGCUCUGAUUCCUCGUCCACUCACAACUUCCCAAAAAAUUGCUUAGAAGUAGAUAGUUCAGUCAUGGAAGGUCGAAAAGAGACGUCACUAUCUGAUUUAUUCAUUAAGACUGACAAGCUGGAUGAGAAAUUCGAUUUUAACAAGAUGGAAAUAUCGAUAAAAACCGAAUGUGUUGACAUAAAAUCGGAAGAUGACAUGAGUGAAGUUCUACCACAGAGUUGCAAUGAGGGACUAUACGAGAGGAGUGACUGUAAAGACGCAGAAGAGGAUGGAUACAAAUAUAAUACUUAUGUUUAUGAAACCAAAUACAACACGUUACCACAUAACGAUGCUUACAGGAAUGAUAUCACACAGCACGAACUGGAACAUAAAGUUGAAAUGUAUGAGUGUAACGACUGCAAUUACAAAACCAAAUAUAGGAGUUAUCUCAAACAACACCAAUUGAAACAUAAAGACCCUUCGCAGGUUCAACUGUACAAGUGUAACGAUUGCGAUUUCAAAACUAAAUACCGGAGACAUAUCAGAUCACACCAACUGAAACAUAAAGAUCCUUCGGAGAUUCAAAUGUACAAGUGUAACGACUGCAAUUUUGAAAGUAGAUACAAGAAGAAUAUCCAACAGCACCAAAUCAAACAUAAAGAUUCUUCACAGGUUCAAAUGUACAAGUGUAACAACUGUGGCUACAAAGCUAAACACAUGAAGAACAUCAAACGGCACCAACUGAAACAUAAAGAUUCUUCACAGGUUGAAAUGUACAAGUGUAACGACUGCAAUUACAAAACUAAAUACAAAUGUAAUAUCAAAAAGCACCAAGUGAAACAUGAAGACCGUGCUCAGGCUCAAAUGUACAAGUGUAACGUCUGCGAUCAUGAAACUAAGUACAAAGGUAAUAUCAAAAAACAUCACCUGAAACAUAAAGAUCCUUUACAACAUAUACGUAUUGCGAAAAAGUUACAGUUUGACAUGAAGGAAGAGAGAAGCGAGUUGAUGGAUAUUUCAGACAGUCAGAAAAUAUGUCGAUUGUGUACGCUUCCGGUAAAAAGUAAGUUUACUUGCAUACGUGAAGAGGAACACGAAGCUAUUCAGAAAUUGACUCCCAAAAUGAAUAUAAGUACAAACAAAGAUCGUGUUGUAUGUAAUGAAUGCUUUCAUUGCUUACGCACUCAAUACAGUUUCCUAAAAAAUUGCCUGGAAGUAGAUAGUUCAGCCACAGAAGACCGAAAAGAAACAUCACUAUCUGAUUUAUUCGUUAAGACUGAAAACCGGGAUGAAGAAUUCGUUAAUAAUGAAAUGGAAUCGUUAAUAAAAACUGAAUGUGUCGACAUAAAAUUGGAAGAUGAGGAAAGGAGCGACGCGUUACUGCAGAGCUCCGAUAAUGAACCAUCCGAGAAUACUGACUGUAAAGAUGUAGUAGAUGGAUGUAAACAUGAGAAUGGAUCAGAAACGAAAACCAAGCAAGAGCACAAAGUAUUGUACAAAUGUGAUAAGUGUAUUUACGAAACUGGAAGUAAGAUCCGGUUUACGGCACACUGUUUGAGACAUGAGAAAGAUUUAGAAGCAUAUAAAUGUGAAACAUGUGAGUAUGAAGCUGACAAUAAGAAAUCAUUUCGGAGGCACCUAUUGUUGGGGCAUAAAGAUCCUUCGAAGGUCCAGAUGUACAAGUGUAAAGACUGCGAUUAUGAAACAAAACACAAGAGCUAUAUCAAACCGCACCAACUGAAACAUAAAGAUCCUUCUCAAGUUCAAAUGUACAAGUGCGGUAACUGUGAUUUUGAAACGAAAUACAAGAAUACUUUCAAAGUGCACCAACUGAAGCAUAAAGAUCCUUCUCAGAUUCAAAUGUACAGAUGUAACAGCUGCAGUUACACAAGUAAAUACAAGAAUUAUAUCAAACAGCACCAACUGAAGCAUAAAAAUCCUUCAGAGGUUCAAAUGUACAGAUGUAACGACUGCGAUUAUGAAAGUAAAUACAAAGGUGAUAUCAAAAAGCACCAACUGAAACAUAAAGAUCAUUCGCAGGUCCAAACAUACAAGUGUAAUGACUGCGUUUAUGAAACUAGGCACAAGACGGAUAUCAAACGGCACCUACUGAAACAUAAAGAUCCUUCACAGGUUCAAAUGUACAUGUGUAAUGACUGCAAUUACAAAACUGAGUACAGAUAUUGUAUGGAACGACACCAACUGAAACAUAAGCAUCCUUCUCAGGUUGAAAUGUACAAGUGUAACGACUGUAGUUACGAAACUAAAUACAAGAGCUAUAUCAAGCAGCACCAACUGAAACAUAAAGAUCCUUCGCAGCUUCAAAUGUACAGGUGUAACGACUGCGAUUUUGAAACCAAAUAUAGGAAGUAUAUCAAACGGCACCAACUGAAACAUAAAGAUCCUUCGCAGGUUCAAAUGUACAGGUGUAACAACUGCAAUUACAAAACUGAGUACAGAAAUUAUCUGAGACGACACCAGCUGGUACAUAAAGAUCCUUCGCAGAUUCAAAUGUACAGGUGUAACAACUGCGAUUACGCAAGUAAAUCAAAGAGUGGUAUCAAAAAGCAUCAACUGAAACAUAAAGAUCCUUCACAGGUUCAAAUGUACAGGUGUAAUGACUGUGAUUUCGAAACGAAAUACAAGAGCAAUAUCACAUGUCACCUAUUGAAGCAUAGAGAGUCUUCUUAAAUGCAAAUGUACCAGUGUGAUUUGCUAACAAUAAAGCAUGAAGUCUUUGGGGGGCCCCAAUUGAUGCACAAGCAAGUGUGAAUUCCCGUCCAUCGAAGUGCAAAAAAAGUCUAAAUAUUUGUAUUAUUUCAGAGGAUAUUUGCACAAAUUAAAUUUUUUGUGGACUCUUAACACGCUGUUUCUCGAAGACAGUUAAUAUCAAAGUGGAUUUAUAAGACAAAGUACCAUUUUUCUUGGUUGUUCUAAACACGGGACAUCUUGUAUUAUCACCUAUAAACUUUUAACUUUUUAUAUUGAAUAAGGUACAAUUAAAUA